AUGUUGAUGAUUUGGGCCCGCUGCCGACGCUGCUGGGAGCCUGGCGGUCCCGCUGCGGUUUGGGCUGAGGUGGCAUCUCCCUUCCACCACCGCCCCUCGUCCCUAGGUCCCUAUCCUCCGAGGACCGCCUUCGACCUUUACCCUCCCAUUUCCCCUCCUCCUCCCCGCCCCAGGGACCCCGUAUCCGAAUAUCUGCCCUCGUGCCACCCCCCGCGUUUCUCCCCUCCCGCAGCAACCCCGCGACCUCCAGCAGCCCGCCCCCGCGGGCCCGAUCCUGCCUGGCGGCUCCCGCCGCAGCCUGCACAGCCUUCCCGCUCUCCCAAGACUCGCGCCACUACACCCCCCGCCGUCCGCGCCCGGGCUUCCCUGUUCCCAACUCCUCCCGCCCCCUCGGAGCCCCCUCCCCCGCCCCGGCCAGCUGGCAUGCAGGUGUCUAUCGCGUGUACCGAGCAGAACCUUCGCAGCCGGAGCAGUGAGGACCGUCUGUGUGGACCCCGGCCGGGCCCCGGGGGCGGUAAUGGCGGGCCGGUCGGCGGGGGGCAUGGGAAUCCUCCGGGGGGAGGAGGGUCGGGCCCCAAGGCCCGGGCCGCACUGGUCCCCCGACCCCCAGCGCCCGCUGGGGCCCUCCGAGAGAGCACCGGCAGAGGCACUGGCAUGAAAUACAGGAACCUAGGCAAGUCUGGUCUGCGGGUGUCCUGUCUUGGCCUAGGCACCUGGGUCACAUUUGGUUCUCAAAUCUCGGAUGAGACGGCAGAGGACGUGCUGACAGUGGCCUAUGAGCACGGUGUAAACCUGUUUGACACAGCUGAAGUCUACGCAGCGGGGAAGGCUGAAAGAACCCUCGGGAACAUCCUUAAGAGCAAAGGAUGGAGGAGAUCAAGCUAUGUCAUCACCACCAAGAUUUUUUGGGGAGGACAGGCAGAAACUGAGCGAGGCCUGAGCCGUAAACACAUCAUCGAGGGCUUGCAAGGAUCCCUGGAGCGCCUCCAGUUGGGAUACGUGGACAUCGUCUUCGCCAACCGCUCAGACCCCAAUAGUCCCAUGGAGGAGAUUGUGCGAGCCAUGACCUAUGUCAUUAACCAGGGCCUGGCCCUCUACUGGGGGACAUCCCGGUGGGGAGCUGCGGAAAUCAUGGAGGCCUACUCCAUGGCCAGACAGUUCAAUCUGAUCCCCCCAGUGUGUGAGCAAGCUGAGCACCACCUGUUCCAGAGGGAGAAGGUGGAGACGCAGCUGCCAGAGCUCUACCACAAGAUCGGUGUUGGAUCAGUCACUUGGUCCCCUCUGGCCUGUGGCCUCAUCACUAGCAAGUAUGAUGGGCGAGUCCCAGAUACCUGCAGGGCCACUGUCAAGGGCUACCAGUGGCUCAAGGACAAGGUGCAGAGUGAGGGUGGCAAGAAGCAGCAACAAGCCAAAGUCAUGGACCUUCUUCCCAUCGCUCACCAGCUGGGCUGCACCGUGGCGCAGCUGGCUAUUGCGUGGUGUCUCCGCAGCGAGAGUGUCAGCUCGGUCCUGCUGGGGGUGUCAAGUGCAGAGCAGCUGAUGGAACACCUGGGAGCCCUGCAGGUGCUGAGCCAGCUGACGCCGCAGACGGUGAUGGAGAUAGACGGGCUCCUGGGGAACAAGCCGCAUUCCAAGAAGUAGUCGGUCGGGGGCGCAGGCACCCGCACUGGGGCCGCCGCAACCGCCGAGGACCGCCUCCCGCCGCCGCCUCCCGCCCUCC